AGAUCGCAGGAAAGGGAGGCGCAGGUUUCCGGCCUAAUGAACGACAACACAAGUGUGAAAGACGAAGAGGAGAAGAGCUAAACACUGAACGGGUCAGCUCCACAUUAUCCAACCACAACCUGCCAUGCUCUAACUAAUCACUAAUUUAUAUCUCAAGAGUUGGCAGUCGUACUGGCAUGGCAUCUGUUUGCUGAACUGCUCCAUCUUGUCUGCUAGCACCAAACACUGGUGUGCAACUUCCCCGUGAAUGAGACUGACCCACGCCACCAUGGAAACAGAAACAGAAGUUAUUCCUAUCUGGCAGAAUAAGCCUCAUGGAUCCACCCGCAGUGUUGUGAGAAGAAUAGGGUCCACUCUUCCGCUCAAACCUCCACAAAGGGCAUGUUUCCAGGAACUGCCCGGCCUGCCCGCUCUUCGGCCUAUGGACGGCCCCAUGGUUCCUACCUUGGCAGACAUAGCAUGGAUUGUUGCAGAUGAAGAAGAGACAUAUGCCAGAGUGCGGAGCGACAGUCGCCCUCUGAAACACGAAUGGCGGCCCACGCCUCUCCUGGUGCUCCACAGGAACUCAUCUGUGCCCAACUUCCGCCGCGAGGGUAAAAGGAUGGAGGGGCUCAAGAAGCCCGGGGUGACGGCGCUGAACCGCACUACCGCCCUGCAGGACGAGCUCAGCAGACUUCGUGCACAGAUCGCCAAGAUUGUGGCGAGUGAUUCUGGCUCCAACCCCCUGACCCCUGACCUGCUCUCCCCUGACGACACAAGUAUGAGCUUCUCCAUGGCGCCUUUCGAGACGGUGCCCUACCAGCCGGCCGCCACAGCUGCCGCUUCCUUUGUCAUCAGCGACGUCACGGAGGAAGAAGAGGAGGAGGAGGAGGAGGAGGAAGAGGACGAUGAGAAAGAUGUGGUCUCUGUGGUGUCAGAGCUUGUCCCUGACCCUCUGCCGCCUGUUUCCAUGACGGCAUCUGCGACCUUUGACCUGGACAGACCCAGCAUGGACUUCCGCGAGGCAGAGGAGGAUACGGUGUCGUUAUCAAAGUCCACCAGCUUUGCUGACGUCAUGGACAUCCUGAAGGACAUGAACCGCAUGAAGAUGAGCAAAGACAGGUACAACAGAGGCUGUACGUCCCUCAGAGAGGAGGACUCAGCCUCUCUGAUUUCAGAAGCUCUGAGGAAAAAGUUUGUCCUGAAGGAAGAAGACACUGCUGCUAUGAAACGGAAGUAGCCUCGUCACGUGUUUAUCAUCAAUACCCAAUCCUGCUGCUCCAUGCCUUUGCCUGUGGAAUAUGUACCCAUGGAUCCACAACCUUGCUCCUCAGACCCGAGGCAAUAGCUGUCUGCCAGAGUUAGAACAAAAAAAAAAAAAACACUUUGUCCCAGACAUCUAAAACCAAAUGUGAACUUCACAGCGCUGGUGCAGUGCGAGGAGGAACAGCCAAGUAUCCAUAACUAUAAUCAGUUUCUGCACUGCAUCGCAUACUGCAAACAGUUUAUUUAGUCUAAAAUGGCUUUUAUGUUUAAAUUUAUUUUGAAUGAGGACUCAGCAGACUGGUUCCAUUGCUGUUCAGAAACUUGCUCUCUGUGCAGGAUGUUUUAGAUGCAUAUCUUGAUUAUGUUAUAGCACAUUGUGGAGCGACUGACACCCAAACAAUACGUUUUUUUGGACUUAAAUUGAGGAAUGUUCCUUUUAAAAAAAGCCUUUUAUCCAUACUGCUAGCAAGUCCUUUUCUGCUUUUGAAGUUUCCACAGAACAGAUGCAAAUACAAAUUUUAUUUUUUAUUUGUUUUUGCAGUUAUGUAAAGAAGUCUUCUAACAUACUUGAAAAGAUUUUAUGUACAAAUGAAACAGAUCUAGUGUACAUGCAGAGACGUACUGUAGCUUAUUACAGUGUGUAUGGGGGAAAAUAACGUUGCUGUUUAAUAUUUGCAUUACAGUACUGAGUUUGUAUGUCGCUUGCUCCACUGCACCUCUUAUGCCUGUCCUCCUGUUUGUGAUUAACAUAUAGAUUGAUAGUCACUGAACCAAAGGACACUGAAUUCAAAACCCAAACUGAAAGGUAUGCAAGACUAUGCUGACGAUAUAGUUUGAAGUUUGAGGUGUAUAAAUCAAAAGAAUACUUUAUGAAGUGUGUGAGUUUGUAUUUCCAGUAAAAGCAACAGAUACAAGCCUGUAGAGAUCUUUUUUGACACACAUUUCCUGGUAUGUAGAAUGUGCUGGUGGGUAGGUGAAACCACAUUUAUGAUGUUUCUCAACGACAUUAAAGAGGCGAUUUAAGUUUGGGCUGAGAUAACUGAGCUUUGUCAAGAGUUUGGGUAAAAUGCUUGCGUGAGUCAUGUUGAUAACAAUCAAUAUCCUUGUUGACGCCUUACCACAGAUGUUUUUGCCUGUUUCCAAUGCCUGAUUUUUAUUCCCACACUGGUUCAAGUGCCAUGGGUUUGUUUUAACCAACCCCACCCCUCAUUGCCUGCCCUUUCCCGAAUGUGCCCUCCAUCCUCAUCUUUACGAAGCUUCCCAUGUUUUCAUCUCACAAAACUUACACACAUAUAUAUAUAUAUAUAUAUAUAUAGUGAACGGUGAUGUUAAGGACCAGUUGUGUGUGUGUGUGCACUGCACUGCACUGCAUUGUGUAUUGCUGGAUGUUUGUUAAAAAUAACCCCUCAAAAGAGAAGACUUGCUGUUAUGUCCGCACACGUCACUCCCACUCAUUUUUUUAUCAUCUCUCACAUUUAUGCCUGCGGGACUGGGAAUCCUUUAGUGUAGUUUUGCAGUGUGAAAAGUUGAUGCUAAGUUAUCUGUUUGGAUUGAACAAGAAUGUGCUCAUCUGUGUGUCGCUGUAUGCAGUGGAGUUAAAAAGUGUGUUUUCUAGAAUUGGCCAUCACCUUGUCUUUCGGUGAUUUUUCUCAAUUUUUUGGUCAAUCGAGUACAAAUUGAUUAGCUGAGAAAACAACUAUAUGCAAAUUUAAAUAUAUAUACGUAUUCACUGUAUGUCUGUACUUGAGAUGUUGAACCUUAUAAAGCAUACUCUGCCAACUGCAUCACCAGUCCUGACAAUAAGAUGAGAGGAGAAUUUAGUUGAUGAGGAUUUUCCACUUUGUAUUUUUUUCUCUAGUUUCAGGGUUACUCACCAUUGCACCUUCGUGUAGGAUUGAGCCCACCACCACCAAACCAUUUGUGUGUUUGUUUUUUGUUAUGCGAGGACUUGUAAAUAAAGAUUGGCCGAUGUUUUGAAACUGUC